AUGAUCUGGAUUACAGUCUUAUUUAUUCUAUUCUUACAGGGAUCAAUAAUGGACGCUGUGCGGAUAUCUGACAAUAAACCUGUUUUGCUCAAGGCAGUAUCACGAAUAAUCCAUCCACAGGAAGUUAAGAUUGGCAUGUAUUUCUCCAGCAAAUCUAUGGCUUCAGAUCCUCGCAACCACUGUAUCCCUAUCUACGACGUCUUUCCGGUACCAGACAGUGAAAUGGACUUGAUUGUUAUGCCGGUUUUGAGGCCAUUUGAUAACCCACAAUUCGACACCGGUAUCCAAUUCAUGCAUGAACAUCUUGUUGCCCAUGGCGACUGCACAGAGAUGAACAUCAUGAUGGACGGCUCUCAAAUGUAUCCUCAAGGCUGGAAUACCCUAGAUCCUUGGCAGGCAAGAAAUGACCCAUUUCGCGCAGCUAAGCGUGUUGGGUUCCGAAUGCAAUUUUGGCCGAAAUACUAUCUGAUUGAUUUUGGCCUUUCUCAUAUGUACAGUAGCAAAAGCACAGUCCCCCCAUUGGAAAGAAUAUUGAGGGGAGGUGACAAGUCGGCACCUGAACAUGCACCAAAGUACAAAAGUGCUAAUCCUUUCUCGACUGAUAUAUACUAUAUCGGUAAUCUCAUCCGGGUAAAAUUUACAGAGCGCAAAGAUUCCAGUCUUUGUAAACGAUUUUCUUUUUUGAAACCGCUUGUUGACUCCAUGGUCCAAGAUGAUCCGGUCAAACGACCCACAAUUGACGAUGUCGUUAUACAAUUCGAUGCUGUUGUCCGAAAGCAUCGAAGAACUCUUAAUGUUAGGGCAGCGGCAUGCAACCUGCAUCAGUUCGAAUUUACUGAUCAACUUUCUGCACUUAUUCGACGAUUUACAAAGUAUCGUCUUUUGACUCGCUCAUUGCCUACCCUGCCCCAACCUCAGAGGCGUUUACCCCCUGAACUACACUGGAUGUAUUCAGGGUCUCCUACAAAGUACCCAGAUGGUCAGGAGCGUCCCAUAUUUUUGUAUGUCCAUGACCUGGAUGAUGAUACCUAA